CGCCCGCGGCCGCCCGGGAGCUUGUCCAGCCCCGCGCUGCGCUCGCCCGCCCGCUGCCCGCCGGAGCACUGCGGCCGCCGCCCGCGUCCCUCUGUCCGCUGCCCGCGCCCGUCCCGCCGCCCGCCGCCCGCGCCAGCGCCGGCCCAGCAGCUCUGCGUCCGGGUAUUAAUCAGCACAGAAACUCAGGAGACACAGACAGGUUCUUCCACGAUGUCGUACAGACGAGAACUAGAGAAAUACCGUGACCUGGAUGAAGAUGAAAUCCUUGGAGCCCUCACAGAGGAAGAGCUGAGGACCCUGGAAAAUGAGCUGGAUGAGCUGGACCCUGAUAAUGCACUGCUACCUGCAGGCCUGAGGCAGAAGGAUCAGACCACCAAGGCGCCCACGGGCCCCUUUAAAAGAGAGGAGCUCUUGGAUCACUUGGAAAAGCAAGCAAAGGAGUUUAAGGACCGAGAAGAUCUGGUCCCCUACACAGGGGAGAAACGAGGAAAGGUCUGGGUUCCUAAGCAGAAGCCAAUGGAUCCUGUGCUGGAAAGUGUGACGCUGGAACCGGAGCUGGAGGAAGCCUUGGCAAAUGCUUCGGAUGCAGAACUCUGUGACAUUGCAGCGAUCCUGGGCAUGCACACGCUCAUGAGCAACCAGCAGUACUACCAGGCCCUGAGCAGCAGCUCCAUCAUGAACAAGGAGGGGCUCAACAGCGUGAUUAAACCCACACAAUACAAGCCUGUGCCUGACGAAGAACCAAAUUCAACAGAUGUAGAGGAAACGCUGGAAAGGAUAAAGAACAACGACCCAAAACUUGAAGAAGUUAACCUCAAUAAUAUCCGGAAUAUCCCCAUCCCCACCCUCAAGGCAUAUGCAGAAGCCCUGAAAGAAAACUCAUAUGUGAAGAAGUUCAGCAUCGUGGGGACGCGGAGUAAUGACCCCGUGGCGUAUGCCCUUGCUGAGAUGCUCAAGGAGAACAAGGUGUUGAAGACACUGAACGUGGAAUCCAACUUCAUUUCUGGAGCUGGGAUCCUGCGCCUGGUGGAAGCCCUCCCAUACAACACUUCUCUGGUGGAACUGAAAAUUGACAACCAGAGCCAGCCCCUGGGCAACAAAGUGGAAAUGGAGAUCGUGAGCAUGUUGGAAAAAAACGCAACGCUUCUCAAAUUCGGCUACCACUUUACCCAGCAGGGUCCCCGGCUUCGGGCAUCCAAUGCAAUGAUGAACAACAAUGACCUUGCUCGUAUUCAUCGAUCUGGUGGCUGCAGGUCUACCGCCUCAGCUCGGGAACCUGAAGACAUCUAAUGAGGAAGAGGAGGCUUGCGGACCUGACUGGGCCCAUCAUUCCCAAGUGCCGGAGUGGUGUCUAGUGUGUGGUGGUGGAGACCAUGCCUUUGAACUGGACGUGUUCUACUGAUGACUUGUACUCUGCAGGGGAAACCAGAAGGCAAAAUGCCGGCAGCACGAAACCCUUUUGUGGUUCAGUUCUUUAUGCACUAAGGUUUUAGGCUGACUAGUGGUUGUAGUUGAAAAUUUUAUAAAAUAUCAUUAAUGUGAAGUUUUUCUUUAGUCACAGAAGUUGAGUCUGGUUAUUAUUUAAAAACUAGAAGCCCCCAAACCAGCAGAUCUUACUGAAGAUGAUGUUCCAGCAGCAGCGACUUAGCCCCAGGAGCCCAGCCAGUUUCAAUGGCCUUGCUGUGUGGUGUUUCAAGUGCAUUUAAAAUGUGUGACAGAAACAGCACACUCUUCCACAUGCUUUUGAAGUAUUAUAAAACACUUUAUUACAAAUUUGUCUUAGCUAUUAGCAAAUAAAACAGAUUAUCAUUCUUUACUAACCCUCCUUGGAAUUUUAAAAACCUCAAGAUUAAAGUUGCCAAAUUGAUUACUGGAUCAAGAACACAAUUUUCCCCUCAGGACAGACAGACAGACUGAAGUCACAGAACUCUGCCAAGAAUCACAGAACAUGAGAUUCCUUUUGCUGGAUAUGCAGAAAUGAUAAGAAAAAAAACCAAUGGUGAAAUUUCAAGUUUUGAAAACCAACUUUUCAUUACCAAUCCCAGGCAACAAACAUGUCCCAGAGUGUUCUUUAAACGUUUGGGAUUUAUGUACAAUUUAAUACUGGAGUUAGAAAGAACUUUUUCCUUACUGAAUGCCAACCUUAUGAUGGAUGUGAAAAUCUAUGACCAAAUACUUGAAAACACCUUUCUAUAUUGCACAGUGGGCAAAUGGCUUAUGUGACGUAAGACACUAGAGGGAUAAAUUUCCAGUCCAACAUGGCUAUGGUAUUUAGCAAUGGCCCAGCUUAGAGACUUCAGCUACUGAUCUCAUCACUUAUUAGACAAAUCGCUGCUGAUCUUACAUCUGUAUAUUAAGCCUCUGCAGGACAACAGUGAAGAAAAUCCAGGUAUCAAGGAAUUAGGAAAUCCUGGCCAAACCACCCCAAGAUGAUUACACUGAAGUGUAAUACUAGUAUUGCUGCCAGAUCUGUUUCUAACAGCAUGUGCGUCUCUUGGGAUCCAGCAAAAGUGUUAAGCCACAAUGCCCUUGUGCCUUUUAAUAUACCACAGUGCCAGUUAAACUAGUAUUUUUGUUUGUGGCUUUUGGGAGUUAUUUUCAUUAGUGAGUUCAGCAAAUCUCAUGAUAAAGGACAAGGUCAAGAACUCCAGAGCACUGAGCAGAGAGGCUGGUAAUGAAAAGGUGAAGGCCUGCACACUGAACUGUAAGGCAGUAGGCAGUACAGGGUAACUGGAGGUGGGGCCAGGGCCUCAGCACUAUGGAAGAGUGUCCACUGAGGCUGCACAUGGCCCAGGAGUGGCACCAUGUUGCAGGGACAACCAUCCCCACUUGGCUUCUCCUUAAAACACAAUUGCAGCUGCAUUCUGCAUCGCUGAAAACUGCAAUAUAAUAUUAAAUCUGUUGGUCUAUG